GUUUUUCCGGAAGUGGCUGUCAGGGAGAAUGGAGUUAGGGGGCUGCAGGGUUGCAUUUGAGAAGGAUGGUGUCUAUUUACACACCAGCGCAAAGCGUCAUCCUGACCAGGAUUCCCUUAUUCCAGGGGUUAUACGCAUAAUCGAGAAGGGCUCUGAUACUUUGCUACAAUGGACACCCAUAGAAGAGUCAUCAGAUGCUGCUCAGAUCACAUAUACCAAGAAGGACCCAGUGGGCUGCCAGACCGAAGAAGAAAUCUUUGAUCCAGGGUAUGAACCGGACUGGGCUGUGAUCAGUACAGUGGGGACCCGGGCUCGGGCUCAAGAGGAAACAAAUGCAGCUUCCGGGCCCAAAUCUCCGGUCCCACGUGGUCAGUGGGCCUUCUCCCUCAGCUUGUCUGAGCUGAAGUCCAUCCGCAAGAGCAAGCCAGGUUUGGGCUGGUCAUACCUCAUCUUCAUCACCAAAGACGGCAUCUCCAUUCAAGCCCUGCACUUCCACCGUGGAGGCACCAAAGCCCUGCUCAAGGCCCUCUGCAAAUACGUUAUCUUAGCCACGUCCCCCAAAGAUUCCCGCCUCUACUUGGUUUACACCCAUGAUUCGUACGCCCUCUCCCACUCCUUUGAUGAGCUUCAACUCUUCGAUGACAGCUCUUCCAAUCUUGUGUCGCGGUUCCUGCAGGAUCCUUAUGCUGCCACAUUCGGUGGCUUCUCCAAAGUCACCAACUUCUUCCGUGGGGCUCUGCACCAUGAGGACGGCGUCAUUCAGCAUUCCCAUGGUGAUCCAGCUGCUGCCAACGUUGAGGAUGAGACAGGCUUUGAAGUUAUCACCUGUCAGGCACGGCUAGGAGAGCGUCCGUCUGUCCAGCGGGAGGCUCCCGUCUCGGAGCAGGAAUGGGAGCAGCACUUGGACCCAGAUGGGCGUGUGAGGGACCCCGUUGCCUUGCGCAGAAGGAUCUUCGCUGGGGGUCUCAACAUGUCAUCACGCAAAGAAGCCUGGAAAUGCCUUUUGGGCUAUUACUCAUGGAACAACACCAGUGAAGAGAACAAGGCACAAGUGAGGCGGAAAACAGAUGAGUACUUCCGCAUGAAACUACAGUGGAAGUCGGUCAGCGAGGAACAGGAACAGCGGAACUCCUUGCUGCGUGGCUACCGCAGCCUGAUUGAAAGAGACGUGAGCCGCACGGAUAGGAACAACAAAUUCUAUGAGGGCAGCGAGAACCCUGGCCUAGUGCUCCUGAAUGACGUGCUGAUGACGUACUGCAUGUACAACUUUGACCUGGGCUACGUCCAAGGCAUGAGCGACCUCCUGUCCCCCAUUCUCUACGUCACCCAGAACGAAGUGGACGCCUUCUGGUGUUUCUGUGGUUUUAUGGAGCUGGUGCACCGCAAUUUUGAAGAAAGCCAGGAGUCCAUGAAGCGACAGCUGUCUCAGCUCAAUUUGCUCCUCAGGGUGCUGGACCCCCCACUCUGUGACUUCCUAGACUCUAAGGAAUCUGGCACCUUGUGCUUCUGCUUCCGAUGGAUCUUGAUCUGGUUCAAGAGGGAAUUUGCCUUCUCUGAAAUUCUUCAGCUAUGGGAGGUGCUGUGGACGGGACUGCCGUGCCCCAAUUUCCACCUGCUGGUGGCCUGUGGCAUUCUGGAUGCAGAGAGGCAGGCACUCAUGAACUCUGGCUUUGGCUUCAAUGAGAUCCUGAAGCACAUCAAUGAGCUUACCAUGAAGAUGAGUGUGGAAGACAUCUUAUGCCGGGCUGAGGCGAUCUACAGGCAGCUGGCAGCUACUCCAGAUUUACCCCGUAAUGUCCAGGAAUUGCUGGGGCUCUCUGAGGGCAAAUCUCCAACUCCCAGCACUGACACAGCCAGCUCCCCGCAGCCGCUGUCACCCAGCCAGGCCCAGGAGAUGGAGCUGACGGACAGUGUUUCCCCAAGCCAGCCAGACAGCAGCAUCGAAAUCCUGCCUACUGAGGAGGCCUCCACCUCGCAGUCUCUCUCUCCUUGAAAACCUGUUGUUGCUGCUGCUGCUGCUGCUGCCACCAACACCAUCUUCUUAACACAAGCACUUUAACCAGAUAAGGGUGAGGGCUGGGAAGGGAGGCAGGGUAGAGGCUUUGAGAUGUGUCCCCCCC